UCGGUUGUGAUCGAAGUUCAAAACUUCACGCGCCACCGCAGUGAAAAGCCGAUUCCUUUUUGCUAUAUUUGUAACGAACACCUCAUUUCUACAAUGCCCAACAAAACCGGUACAUAACGACGCUCCGUUCUUCUCUUCCAAUGUUCUAAUCUCCCCAUUUCCCUCCCAGGUUCUGUAGCCUUAAAGAAGAAAAAAGAUCAAAGAACCCCACCAAAAUUCAUCACAACCCAUUUGAAAAUCAUGAAAGGACUUUUCAAGCCCAAGAUACGAUCCCCGGUGGAGCUCGUCCGGUACUCGCAAGAGCUUCUUCUUUUCAUUGACAGGAAUGAGGAGGUUCGGGAGCAAAAACGAGCUGAGAAGAUAUCUGAACUGAACAAAAGCAUCUCUCAAAUGAGAACGAUUCUUUAUGGAGAUGCUGAAGCAGAACCAAGUCCAGAUGCUUGUUCUCAGUUGACUCAAGAGUUCUUCAAGGAGAAUAUGUUCCGCCUUUUUGUCACUUGCAUUCCGAAGCUGAACUCUGGGCUGCGACAAUGUGCAACUCAUGUUCUUGCCAAUCUGCAGCGGCAGCAGGUUAAGUCGCGGAUAAUUGCCUCCGAGUACUUUGAAAACAACAUGGACAUUAUGGACAUUCUUAUACCAGGGUACGAAGACUGCGACAUUGCUAUAACUUAUGGCUCAAUUGCAAGAGAAUGCAUCCGACAUCAGUGUGUUGCUAAGUAUGUCCUGGAAUCAGAGCAUAUGAGGAAUUUCUUUGAUUACAUUCAAAAUCCAAUAUUUUACGUAGCAUCAGAUGCUUCUGCAACUUUUAGAAAACUUUUGACAAGGCAUAAAUCUACCGUCGCUGGGUUCUUUACUAAAAAUUAUGAUUGGUUCUUCAAAGAGUACAAUGUGAAAUUGUUGGAAUCGACUAAUUACAUCACCAAACGACAGGCUGUGAAGUUGCUGGGAGACAUACUACUUGAUAAUUCUUAUUCAGCUGUGAUGGUUCAAUAUGUGAGCUCAUUGGAUAACAUGAGGGUCUUGAUGAACCUUCUCAGGGAUCCAAACAAGGCAAUACAACGAGACGCCUUCGAUGUAUUCAAGCUAUUUGUUGCAAAUAAAAACAAGCCACCGGAGAUCACAAGUGUUCUUGUAGCAAAUAGAACCAAACUCCUCCGUUUUCUCAACGAUCUUAAAUCAGAUAAAGUAAAUGAAGGAUUCGAAGAAGAUAAAGCUGAGAUUACAAGACAAAUCUCCCUUCUCGAGUCGAGUGAUCCAUCGUCCUCAGAAACGUAAAACUAUGAGAUCGAAUGUUAGUUUCGGCUUCAGAUGCAUCUUUUUGUUAUUGCAACUGCAAGCGAGCAAAGGUAAUUAUCGGCCCACCGAUUUUCUACUUAUUUACAUGAAAAGCACGAGAGAUGUGUAACGAUCAUGCAGAAUGUUUUAUACCAUCUACAUUUAUACUCAUAGAAAUUUGAUAGAAUACAUAUGUACCUUUUUUUUCAAGUACAUAUAUCAAUCACCAAAGUGCAAUGUAAAGUCUACAUUUUAUACACAUUCUUCAUAUAGUUAUUCAUUUUAUUGAUAA